UGAAGGGAGUGUUCAUCCCUGUCAGGCUUUAAUUUGCAGAAAAAUUAAAGUAGUAUAAUAAUAUAAUAAUGGAGCAGAUGAAUGGGGGGAAGUAUGAGUAUGAGGCGAUUCUGGAAAGAAGUUUUAGCAGGCAAGACAGAAAGACAAUGGGGUGGUGUGCUACUCUCGCCAUCUUCCUCGUUAUUUUCACAUUCUGCAUUUUCUUCAAGCCUUACAUCACUGAUGGUGAUGAAAAGAAUGAUGCAUUUCCUUCUCCACUUUCAAAUUUAGAAGUACCAAUUGGGGAGAGUCUCAACUUGCAAGCCACUGUGCAUGAUGCCAUAAACAUUGCCCCACAGCCAUAUUCCAAAACAAAAGAAGUGAAGCCGGUUUGCGAAGUGAAACGGCGAAGAUCAGACAUCUGCGAUGCAAACGGCGGCGACAUAAGAGUGAUCGCCAAUUCAUCCACCAUUUUUGUUGUUUCAAAUGAUCAUAGCAACAUAACGUCGUGGAACAUAAGGCCCUAUGCUCGAAAAGGCGACGAAGCCGCAAUGGGGAGUGUCCGAACCCUAACCGUCAAGCAACUCCACCCUUCUCAUCAACAAAUCCCACCUUGUACCACAAAGUACGAUGUACCAGCCGUGGUUUUCUCCACCGGAGGCUACGCCGGAAACCUCUUCCACGACUUCACCGAUCUCAUCAUCCCUCUCUACCUAACUUCGCGGGAGUUCGAGGGAGAAGUCCAGUUCCUGGUCACCGACAAACGGCCGAGGUGGAUAAACAAGUUUAAGGAAGUGCUGCAAACGUUGUCAAAACACGAAAUCAUAGACCUCGACCGGGAAAAAUACGGCGAAAACGUCUUUUGUUUUCCAAGAAUCAUCGUCGGGUUAAAAGCCAACAAGGAGUUCAGCAUCAACAACGUCUCCUCAGAUCAUAAUAUCUCCAUGAAAAACUUCACCGCUUUCUUGAGAAACGCUUACAAUCUGAAAAGGGAUAAUAUCGUCACAAACGAGAAAUUAUUGCAGCCGCGGCUACUCGUCAUCGCCAGGAACAAAACCAGACGCCUCUUAAACGCCAACGAGGUUUCCGCGGCGGCGGAAAACAUGGGCUUUAAGGUUGUCGUACGAGAAACAGACUCGAAUAUGACCAAAAUCUCGAAAUUUGUGAACGGGUUUGACGUGAUGGUGGGGGUGCACGGGGCGGGGCUAUCGAACAUGGUGUUCUUGCCGGAAAACGCGGUGGUGGUGCAAAUUGUGGGGUUGGGGAUGGAUUGGAUAGCCAAGAAUGAUUUUGAAGUGCCUUCAUUAGACAUGGGAUUAAGGUAUUUAGGUUACAAGAUUGGUUUGAAUGAGAGUUCUUUAAAAGAGAAAUAUCCGGCGGGACAUGAAGUGUUGAGCAACUCCAGCGCUAUUCGUGUGAAAGGGUGGAAGGCUUUUAGUGCAGUGUACUUGCAGGGGCAGCAUGUGAGAGUAGAUGUGGAUAGGUUUAGAGGCACUCUGUUGAAAGCUCUACAUCUUUUGCAUGCUAAUAAUUAGCAUUUAUGUAGUAAACACAUUUUAAUUUGUAGCUCAGAGAAAAUAUUAUAUUUCAGAUUUAUAAAGAUAAUCUUGAUAGGUGUUAUAAA